UCGAUGGUCACUCAUCCCGGACGGCUCGUAGAAAGUGGACGCACAACGGUCUCCGCGUCUCCGGUCGGGCACGAGAAACGAGUUUCAAGCGCGAGCAUAUAAAGUCCACAGCACGAACCACCCUGGAACGUGCCGAGAAUCGAGAGAAGAACCCCCGGCACCACCCCCGGGAACCGAAACCGGCUUUUACGAAUGGAACAGUGACUCGGUUGUGUGUACCAAAGUGUGUCCAACUAUCAAGUGAGCCUUCGGUGUGAUCUUAAUUGAGUUUGCGGGAGGACCACGCCAAAGGGCCUCAUCAUGUUGGUUCGUGGCCACGGUUUGGGUGCGAUGCUGGUGACGACUGUGCUUCUGAUUGUGCUCGUUGCCCUCACGUUGGCACCGGUUUCCGGUGUUCCAUUCGGUAUACCGCGGCGCUCCGGUAAUGCAUUCGUGAAGCGAAUGUCGGAAAGUGAUGAGUCGACGGAAUUCGGUCGUCGAUUCGAUCGACAAGCGUGCGGCUAUCAGUCAUGUCCGAAGCCAAAGAAAGGUAUGCUGAACGUGCAUCUGGUACCGCACACGCAUGACGACGUCGGUUGGCUGAAGACGGUCGAUCAGUACUACUAUGGAAGUAAAACAACCAUCCAGAAGGCUGGGGUGCAGUACAUCCUAGACUCGGUCAUUCAAUCGCUGCUCGCCAAUCCGGAGCGCAAGUUCAUCUACGUCGAAUCGGCCUUCUUCUUCAAGUGGUUCAACGAGCAGACGGAGGAACUGCAAGACCAGGUCCGGCAGCUAGUCAACGAAGGUCGGCUCGAGUUUAUCGGUGGAGCGUGGAGCAUGAACGAUGAGGCCGCUGCCCACUACCACAGCAUCGUCGAUCAGUUUACUUGGGGAUUACGGUUGCUGAACGAUACGUUCGGUGAAUGUGGACGUCCCCGGAUCGGUUGGCAGAUUGAUCCGUUCGGCCAUUCGCGCGAACAAGCUUCGCUCUUUGCACAGAUGGGCUACGAUGGGUUGUUCUUCGGACGGCUCGACUAUCAGGACAAGCAAGAGCGUAUGACGCACAAACGGGCGGAGAUGAUCUGGAAAACGAGCCCCAACCUAGACGAUGCGGACCUAUUCACCGGCGUGCUGUAUAACCUUUAUCAGGCACCACCAGGGUUCUGUUUCGAUAUCUUGUGCUCCGACGAGCCGUUCAUCGAUGGGCGCUAUUCGGCAGAGAACAACGUGAAGGCUAAGGUGGACAAGUUCCUGUACUACGUCGAUCUGCAGGCACAGAGCUACCGUACGAAUAACAUCAUCCUCACGAUGGGAGGUGACUUUACGUACAUGGAUGCUAAUGUAUACUUCAAGAACAUGGACAAACUGAUCAAGUACACUAACGCUCGUCAAUCGAAUGGUACGAACGUGAACGUUUUCUACUCAACACCAUCGUGCUACUUGAAGGCACUGCACGACACCGGGAUCACCUGGCCAACGAAGGGUGACGACUUCUUCCCGUACGCUUCCGAUCCACACUCCUACUGGACCGGGUACUACACGUCCCGACCGACCAGCAAGCGUUUCGAGCGCAUCGGCAAUCACUUCCUCCAGGUGUGCAAGCAACUGACCGCACUAGCACCGGUACGCGAAAGUCACAUGGAACCGCAUCUGACCAUAUUGCGUGAGGCGCUGGGAGUGAUGCAGCACCAUGAUGCCAUUACCGGAACCGAGAAGCAACACGUGGCCAACGAUUACGCUAGGAUGUUGAAUCGUGCGAUCGGUGCUUGCGGUGCCAACACGCAGGCCAUCUUGAAUCAAAUUGUUGAUCCCAAGUAUCGUCGAUCGCUACGAGCCGAGCAGGAGUCUGGCGCACAAGAGCAGCACCCAGGAGUCUCUCCCCGACCCAACUACAAGUUUGACUUCAGUUCGUGUCAUCUGCUGAACGUGAGCAAGUGUGAGCUGACGGAAUCGAAGGAUAGUUUUACGAUCACGCUUUACAAUCCGCUCGCUCACGCCGGUCACCAGUAUGUCCGGGUACCGAUCACCGACGGGCAUUUCGUCGUACGUGACUACCGAAACGUGGAGGUCCCGGCCCAGAUUGUGCCGAUUCCGGAGGCGGUACAGCGGCUUAGCUAUCGGUUCAGCAACGCCACCUCGGAGUUGGUGUUCCUAGCGAAUGAGCUGCCACCGUUGGGCUACAAAUCGUACUUUGUCAACCGUGCGAUUGAUACGCUCGAUGACUUCAUUCACGAAAUGUCCAAUCAACCAGUAGGCUCCUCGGUUGCCGAAGCAACACCGCUCGCCGAUCCAGGCCGGUGGCAAUCGCAGGAAGUCACGAUCGGUAACAAGUAUCUGAACGUCAGCUUCGACUCUAGCGGAUUCCUCAGCUCGAUCACGGUCGACGGUGUAACGAACCGACUGAGGCAAUCAUUCGUCUACUACGAAGGUGCGCUCGGUAACAACGAGGAGUUCCGUAAUCGCUCAUCCGGUGCGUACAUCUUCCGACCGAACGGUACCGAGAAGACGGUCACAGAGACGGUGCAACUGAAAGUGAUCCGUGGAGGAACGGUCCAGGAGGUGCAUCAGGUGUUUAACGAGUGGAUCAGUCAGGUGGUACGCGUGUAUGCCGAUGAGUCGCACGUCGAGUUCGAGUGGAUGGUCGGACCGAUUCCGGUGGCCGAUGGUAUUGGUAAAGAGAUUGUAAGCCGCUUCUAUACCGCCAUCCAAUCGAAUGGCGUCUUCUGGACUGACUCGAAUGGGCGCGAUAUGAUUAAACGGGUACGAAAUCACCGCGACACCUGGAAGCUAGAUCUGAUGGAGAAGAUCUCGGGCAACUACUAUCCGGUUACGACCCGUAUCGCUCUCGAGGAUGAUAACCUUCGGUUGGCGGUGCUGAAUGAUCGUUCUCAAGGUGGCUCCAGUCUGGAGGACGGAUCGCUCGAGUUGAUGGUGCAUCGACGCCUACUGCAUGAUGAUGCAUUCGGUGUCGAGGAACCGCUCGAUGAGAAGGCCUUCGGUAAGGGAUUGGUCGCUCGCGGUAAACACUGGUUACUGUUCGGUGCGAAGAACACCGAAGCAAGCCCAACGAUCGAAGCACGAGAGCGCUUCCUGCAGAACCGUGUUCUGCUGCCAAACUGGCUGUUCUUCAGCGAUGCGAGUGACUUCAAGUACGACGACUGGCAGAAGCAGUACACCAACAUUUACUCUGCUCUCUCACUAUCACUCCCACUGAACGUCCAUUUGCUGACGUUCGAACCGUGGCAAGACAACAGCAUUCUGGUACGCUUCGAGCAUUUGCUGGAAGCGGACGAGGAUCCACUUUACUCGAAGCCCGUACGGUUCAACGUCCAGGACGUGUUCCGUCAGUUUAGCAUCGAAGAAAUCCGUGAAAUGACGCUCGGAGCUAACCAGCUGAAGAGCGAAUCCAGCCGGCUAAAGUGGAAACCAGAUCCGGACUACUUCGUAUUCGACGCCGUUAACCAGGUGGUAGCAGUACCGAAUGUGACUUCCGCGACCGCAACUGUCAACGGAGCAACCGUUCGUUCUACUUACCGGCGAUCGGUGCGCGAUGCUGUCGGAGAACCACGAAACGUUGCCGAUGAUGGUUACGAGAUCGUACUGAAUCCGAUGCAGAUUAGAACCUUCAUCUUUCAGCUGGAGUACAAGCCAUAGAGGAGACUGAAAUGUCCUAUUAGUACGCUAGGUUUUGUUUUAGAAUAAAUUUGCAAUUAGACCA